AGAGAGCUCUUCGAUGACCCUUCCUAUGUCAACAUCCAGAAUUUAGACAAGGCCCGCCAAGCUGGGGGUGGGUCUGGGCCUCCCAAUCCUUCUGUUAAUGGAAGUGCACCUCGAGACCUCUUUGACAUGAAGCCCUUUGAAGAUGCCCUCCGGGUGCCUCCACCUCCCCAGUCCAUGUCCAUGGCUGAGCAGCUCCAAGGGGAGUCCUGGUUCCAUGGGAAGCUGAGCCGGCGUGAGGCUGAAGCCCUGCUCCAGCUCAACGGUGACUUCUUGGUGCGAGAGAGCACAACCACACCUGGCCAGUACGUGCUCACUGGCCUGCAGAGUGGGCAGCCCAAGCACCUCCUUCUGGUGGACCCUGAAGGUGUGGUUCGGACAAAAGAUCACCGCUUUGAGAGCGUCAGUCACCUCAUCAGCUACCACAUGGACAAUCACUUGCCCAUCAUCUCCGCGGGCAGCGAACUGUGCCUACAGCAACCCGUGGACCGGAAAGUGUGAUCUUCAGUUGUCCUGGAUGCCCUCCACCCCUUCAACUGCGUCCUCUAACUCCUGGGACCUAUGUUUGUGCACACCUGAGACAGGGAAUUUUAGUUAGAAACCUGGGGUAGCAUCCUGCUUCUGCCCAAACCUCACCAAAGUAUUAAUGUACAGAGUGGUCCCUUGCCUGGGCCUUGUCUGUGCCAACCUGAUGCCCUUUCCCCCAAAGGGUAGGUUCUUAAAAUGGAAAAAGACCCAGUGGAGCAAUUGCCCUUUGGGGGAAGGGAAGUAAUCAUACCUCUGGUUUACCCCUGGUCUUCAGGGUACCCCAGAUCCCUCUUAACAUAUCCUAUUCCCUAUGCAUCCCUUACAACUUUGUGCCUUUGACUAUCUCCUAGGUCUGAAGAUACUUUAUGCAAAGAGUUCUCAGGCCCUUCGUGUGGAUAAGGGUUGCUGACGCCUUGGCUCUGGAACCCUGUUGUGCUCAGCACCCCUUUCUAUGUUUGGGAAGAAUAGGGGCAGGAGUGGCAGCUAUCUCCUCUGCCUUUUGGUUGUGCAGCCAUUAAGAGAUUGCCCCAAGCUGGGCUUGGUGGCACAUGCCUUUAAUCUGCACUCAGGAGGCAGAGACAAGAAGAUUUGUGAGGCCAGCCUGGUCUGCAACAGAGUUAGUUCCAGAACAAUCAGGGCCAUGUAAAGAGACCCUGACUCCAAAAACCAAAAAGAAA